UCCUGGACAGCGGCACCAUAAAAUGCAGUGAUUAUAAGAGUCUUUGUCAGAAGAACUUCAGUUUCACAGCAAUUCCUCCUAAUCAAAAUAUCAUCGUUUGGAUCCAGACAAAAAUUGACGAUUUCAACUUUUGUCAACCCAUUGUGAUGCCAACAGCUUCUGUCCAAAUUACACCUAAUUAUAGCCUGGAAACAAUACAACAAGAGUCUCAGCCAAGCAAAUCAUCGUUUCAACCCUCAUCCUUUGACUACGUGAUAUUUGUGGCUUCUUUUCUCAUUUUAUUAAUGAUUGCAUUUGUUGUUUGGUUUAACUUUUUUCGAAAAAGGCGGGAAGCGAAAGCGAAGCUGAAUAUCACACCUGAUGCUGCAUCAUCUCUAGAGAGUUUGAUGGAGUCUCCGUUAAGGCUUUCACAUACAUUGGAUAGAGACAUCGUAGUAGUUGCAAUGCCAAAUCAGGGAGAAACUAGGUUUCUGCAGCUUUUCAAUGAAAUAAAGUCAAGAAGUAAUGUCCGCCUUGUCAUUCCUGAAAAUUGUGAAAUGGAUAUAUUUAAAAACAUGGACAUAUGGAUUUCUAAUUGUAUCAAAAAAUAUCAAAGGUUCCUGGUCCUGUUAACCUUGGAUCUGGUGUCUGAUGAAGAUGUCAGCUGUUCGAGUCCUUUUUGUGAAGUCAACAGAAUUCUUUUUCGACGGCUGUUGUUGAAUGUAAACAGUACUGAGGAAAUAACAAAGAAAAGACUAUUUUAUAUUUUUCUGGAUCCGCCUGUUGAUAUUUUACAUUAUGCCUCUCAAGGAUUGACCGAGUCUCAACCUUACAAACAUACAUACGAUCUUUCACAAGAAAGGAAUUGUCUAGAUCAAACUAGCAGGCUUUUGUCUGAUCUAAUGAAUAGUUUUUGAGUAGUAAGUCGUGUAUGAUUGUAAGCAAAAAUAAAAUGCAUCUGCAUUUAAUUAUACAUUAAUAUUAUCAUUUGUUAUUUGCGAAAUGGUACAUCUAAUUUAGUGAUUUCCUAUAAA